AUGGUCCUGGGUUCAGUUACUACUUCUAUUAGCAACAGAUGGAUUCUUUUGGAUUUCUUGUGGAAAUCUUUGCCUAUUAGACUCAUUUGUGUUUAUGCGAGUAAUUGUCCUCGGGAACGUGCUGAAUUUUGGCCCAACAUUCUGGAGCAAAUUGUUGCGGAAAGAAUGUGUAUUCUUAUAGGGGAUUUCAACGAGGUCCUUUCUCCUACGGAGAUAUUUAAUUGCAGCAGUUUCUCUUCGUCUAUGCAGCUCUUUGCGGAUUUUAUUAAUAGUUCGAAUUUAAUUGAAUCGCCUUUGCAAGAUCGCCUUUUCACCUGGCAGAAUUCUACCUCUAAGUCUAGAAUUGAUCGAUGUUUUAUUUCAGCUGACAUUUUAGUGGAAUGGCCGAAUUGUUUCUUAUCGGCGUUACCCAGAAAUUAUUCCGAUCAUACACCGCUUUUGUUUCGCUCGGCGGUUAAUACUGACUGGGGUCCUAAACCUUUUAGGUCAAUUAAUGCUUGGUGGGAGCAUUCCGAUUUUGAAUCAUUUGUUGCUAAUUCUUGGGAGCAUAUCAGUGUCACAGUUCAAGGUGAUUUGGUUAACAGACUUCGGGCUCUUCGUUCUCUAAUUAAGGACUGGAACAUCAAUGUUUUCGGUAACCUUAACAACAAAUUAGAUGAUAUUCAUCAUUCCAUUCAUUUGCUAGAAGCGUCUGCUGACUUUUCUAAUUUAUCUGAUGUGGAUAGGGACGGUCUUGCUUUUCUUCAUUCUGAGAGCUAUCGGGUUUCUAAACAGCUAGAAUCUCUUUGGCAUCAAAAAUCAAGGGGAAACUUGUAA